AAAGCAAAGCAAGCCCUGAGAAAAGUUAAAGAGGGCAGAAUUUAAAAAGAAAUCAAAACAGGGUAAAAGCUUACCAUCCAUUCCUCUCAUACAUUACCUCUCUGUCUCUCUGUCUGCUCCUGUGAAACUUCGUUAUCUAUCCAUUCUCUCUAUUGGGUUCACUUUACUUUCCUUUUUUUUACCAGUGCCCUAUACUAUUUGUGUAUUUUGCUCUGCCUUUGGAUCCCCAUACCCCUACUUUAUUGCCCCCCCUCUCUCUCUCUCUCUCUCUCUCUCUCUCUCUCUCUUCCCAUCUUUCCUUUUAAAUAGGUUAUCAUAAACCCACGCUUACAUUCACAGCCAAGAAAAGAGAAGAGAAAGAGGCAGAGAAAGACAAAGCAUUUUGAAAACCCUUUGAGGCUCAGAGGUAAAAAAUCUUCUGUUUCUUCAACGUUGCGAACUUUAAGCUCAAAUGGAUCAAGACUUUAGGAUGAUGAGAAGCCAAGUGCCAGCCUUUGGGAGCUGGGAUUGGAACCAAGACCUCCCAUUUACUCAGUGCUUUGAGUCAGCUACGCAAGCUGGGCUUCUGCGCUACACCAGUUACUCUGAUGAGGAUCGUGAUUUAUAUGUUGCUGGUGAUUUGUAUGAGAACGACGUCGUCACACCUGCCAUGAUUGUUGUUCCUCGCAGAAGGAACAAAAGUCGUCAGUCAAAUGUGAAAGAAGCAAAAGAGCAAAGUUGGGUGGUGAGUGAUGCGAAGGAGCCACCAAGCCCUCCUCCCAGGCACAGGCCUACCCCAAAGCCUGUGGAUGAAGACUUGUACAAAAUCUCACCAGAGACUCUCUAUGCUAAAACCAGAAAGAAGAGAGGGUUUGGCUUCUUUUCAAGCUGCUUGCUGCCAACAUGUGUUGCGUGAAGCAAUGAACAAGUUUACAUCAGACUUGUUAGUGAAUAUAUGAGAGAGAGAAAAAAACUAAAGUCGUCGGUUUAUGUAAAAGUGUUUGUAGCUUAAUAUUAUGAACAUAUAUAUGGUUUGUCUGAGAAUUCCUCUCUCAUGUGAUGUGAGUAUCAGGAGAGGGUGGGUUCAUAUUUAGUUAACUACUGAGGGAUUAUUUUGUCUUUCUCCUCGGCAGUGGAUUUGGGGAGUUUGUAACUUCGUUUUUUUCGAUUAUUUAAUAUAAAUAUCUCUUUAGAAAA